AUGAAAGCAUCUCAAAGCAGACAGAAAUCCUAUGCCAAUCAGAGGAGAAUACCCUUGGAGUUUGAACCAAAGGACCAUGUCUUCUUGAGAAUUACCCCGACUACUGGUGUGGGAAGGGCAAUUCGCUCGAAGAAGUUGUCUCUUAAGUUCAUUGGUCCAUACCAGAUUCUGAGAAGAAUUGGACCAGUGGCGUAUGAGAUCGCCCUACCUCCUCCUUUGGCCAACCUUCACUCAGUGUUUCAUGUCUCACAGCUCCGAAAGUAUGUGCCUAACCCUUCCCAUGUGCUUGAGAUGGAAGAUUUACAGAUUAGAGGAGAUCUUACAGUGGAGGUCCAACCCGUUGGUCUAGGAGAUAUCCAGACAAGGCAGCUCAGAGGGAAGUCCAUCAGCCUAGUCCAGGUCAUUUGGGACAAGAGGACAAGUGAUUCCACUUGGGAAUUAGAAGAAGACGUGAGAAAGUCAUAUCCACACUUGUUCUUUGAUUCUAGAAGGACCAAUUCAACAGGACCCUCAGUGGCUUCCUCUCUCGGCUUCCAUUCUCCAAGGUAG